UUCUUUCUCUAUUUUCUUGGGUAUGCCAACCACACCUCGCUUUACAAAAUCGCUGAAGUGUGCACCACUUACAACCGCAGCAAAUUCUGGGGCCCGUUCGGCUGCAACUGUCAGGAUUUUGUCAAAGAAGUUCUUGAUCGCUUGAACCUCAGAUUUGCCCCAAAGGGUGAAAUGAAAGCUUUCAUCGAUCGCAUCAACCGAGGUGACUACGACCUGAGCAUUGUUGGUCCCAACGGUCUGCAAACCGUCUUCACGAGCGUCCGUGACCUCGAUAAAUUCGCAGAUGAUCAUUGGAAAGUCUUGCCUCCUUGGUCAAAGUACCUUUUGUGCACUUACAACAGCAUAUUCUCAGAACGAGCCAGUAAUGCGGCAGCAACCACUGACAAUCCUUGGUUACGCUCUGCUCUCAACAGG